AAAUGUCUUCUUAAUGGGGGUACAUAGUAAGUAAACUGGCAACUCACAUUUAUCCUACCUCAUUCCCUGGUUGCAUCAUCGAUUUUCGUAAUUUACUAUAAAUUUAUAAAAACCAAAGAUCGAUAAUGGCAGACAAAAUAAUUCCAGUAGUCAAAGCUGAGGAGGAAGAAGAGGACUUGGUCGAUCCUCAGGAGCAAUUACGAGAAGAGUGCUCUCAAAAACCUGACGCGCAAAACUUAUGGGGCAAGUACCAGGAGUGCAAUGACCGUGUCAACUCACGAUCUAAAACAGCUGAGACUUGUGAUGAAGAACUAAUUGAUUACCUCCAUGUCCUUGACAAAUGUGUUAGCAAAGACCUGUUCUCAAGGCUAAAGUAAUAUAGUAGUAGCUCUUUUUAAGGUUUAGUUCUGCCUUGAAAUAAAAUCAUUGUAACAGAAGGUUAUUACCAUACAUUUUGAAAGGUAGAACUAUAGUGCUGGUUAGUAAAUUAUUUAAUAUGUACCUUACAAGUAUAACUAAAAAAUUGAAAGGAUUUGUUGUUGUUGAUUUGUAAAUAAAUAAUCAAAAUAAUA